AUGGAAGCCGCUUCUCCUGCGUCGCCACCAAGUUGGGCCCAAGGUCUCGACUUGAGUAACUCGGAACUGCAUCAUCUUCUGGUCGGCACGAAUUCGACAACGCAAGUGCUCAUACCUACCAUUCUCCGAGAGCCAGACGAGGCACUGGGCAAGCUCAGGACGCUAUACGAACUCCGCACACCUCUAGGUACCAAUACAGGGCUAUGGGACCUGAUGAAUGCCCUUGUCGCGGCCAUAUCCGAUCGCGACAUCAUAGGGCAGGAGGGUGAGAAGGAGGGCGCGGCAGCUAUGAUGUCGAUAAUGUAUAACCGAUCCACCUUUGACCUUCUCGCUCAAGUCGUAUUGUCCGAUGAACUCUUCAAGGACUGGCCGGGUUGGACACGAUGCGUACUCAAACUGUUGACGCGUUUCAUACGACUUCCGGAGAUCAUGGGGCGCCUGAAGCUCGACCAGCACGUGGAGAGUUUCUUGCAGAACACCGCCACCAGCAGUGCCGGAGUCUCGCUCUCACAGCUCGUAUCAAGUUUAUUGGAUCAAGCAUGGACACAUCGUCAGAUCCUGGUGCACGAUGAUGUUGUCACUUGGCAAUCUCAACAUGUUCCGGCUGCUCCAGACGAGAUACGCAGCGAGUUACUACUGUUACUCGGCUCCGCAAUUGAUCUUGAUCAGCUCAAGAGUAUCCGCAACCGCAAUUUCACGCAACUCGCCUUUCUGUGUUGGUUCCACGAACACGAUAGAUACGCCGAACACGCCGACCAGCUGUUAUUUGCGCUGAAUAGGUUUGCUGUCACUGCUUAUACUGACAAUGACGGGCAGAACAACCCCACACUGGAGACAUUCUUCAGACAUCACGUUCACACCUACUAUCCACCUUUAAGUGUGUGCAAGCGCAUCCGGGAGACGUUUCUUCGGGCAAAAGUCUUGAACGAGGACACAGGCGCCCUCUGCGUUAUCUUGACCUACUUCAUCUCAGAUCGGCAAGAGAACGUCGGUUACAUCUUGGAGUCGUCCUUGCUUCAAGCCAUGAGUGCCUGCGCUCAGCUGCCACUUCAGGAGGGGAAGAGUGGUCCGGAUAGUUCAUCAGUUCAUGUGGGUUACUUCUUUGCCCUCCGAGGGUGUCUUCGGGGGAUAAUGGGUGUGAUGAUCUGCGCGCUCAAAGAUUUCUCUUUCUCUCGCGGUGCUGAAGUCAUCAUCAAAGAAUGCAAUGUUCCUCUCCUUUUGUCGUGGAUCUACAGACUGGCUGCGUUUUACCACGACACGCCUGGCCCCGACAUCGAGACGCAUCACUAUGCUCUCUAUGUCACCAACGCAUUCGCCGAAAUGGCUCACUCUUCGGAGAUGGAAGGGAAGGAUAACCCCUUACGCAGACGCUUUGUUCAGGCUCUAAAACCAGAAUGGUAUCCCGUCUUGAAGCUCCUCAGGAGGAACACAACCACGCUCGUCCGCGAACUGUACAUUCACAAGGCGUGGGAAAGACUCGGUAAGGCCAUGGGUUUGGUCGAGGAUGUCGAACGAAAGCAGUACGAGCCACGCGCAAGCAAGUUGUGCUCACUCGUCAUUUGUCGGCACUUCACCAUCCUACCUCCGAAUGGGUUACGAACCUGUGCCGGUUGCGGAGAGGUGAGAUACCAUUCCAAGCAGUGUCAAACAGAGGAUUGGAAGUUCGGGGGCCACAAGGCUCAGUGCAAGAGAAUGAAGUGA